UAGCCACCCUUCAAAAUUCACAUCCCCCAUGACCCAUCUCUUUCACCUUCUAUUUUUUAAUUUUUUUGUCACGUAAUGUCAAAUUAGGGUUUCAUUUCAGCAACUGAACAAGAAGGUGGGCUUCUUCAAUGUUCAAGGUAGGUGAAGAUGAAAACAAUUGAAAUUUAAUAUGAUUUUUGUCACCAUGUAUCUACUAUUAUUGAACAAGAAUCAGUAGGUUGUGUUUUCAAUUGUCUUUUAGCUUAAUCCAGCAUGACCCACUAUUGUUAUCUUCUGAAAUUGGUUAAAUCUGAUGCAAAGUUUGUAACUUUUUUGGAUUUUAGCUUCUGGGUAUGAAUCUUUAACCUAAAUAUGAGUUGGGUUUUUGUUCUUGAUGAAGAAAGAUUGGUUUUUUAGUUAGAACACUAAAGAUCUGUUGUUGUUCAAUGAUGGGGUUUAUAGAAGAAAGAUUGUUUGUUAAGCACACUAAUGUUAAAGUUUCUUGGAUGAAAUAUCAAAUCUACAAAGAUGGUGUUUAUGGAUCAGUAUCACCACCACCACCACCAUUUAGUGUUAGUUUUUAUAGAACAUCAACCCCUUCAUCAUCAUCUUCAGGUGCUAAAAUAAGCCCAACUGUUCUGUUCAUUAUAGUAAUCUUGGCAGUCUUGUUUUUCAUAUCUGGUUUGCUUCACUUGCUGUUUAGAUUCUUGACAAAACACAAUUCUUCGUCGAAUUCACAUCGAACAAAUCGGUUUCCAGAUGGUUCCCCAUCUGAUGCACUACAAAGACAGCUGCAACAACUGUUUCAUUUACAUGACUCUGGUUUAGAUCAAACAUUCAUAGAUGCUUUACCUGUUUUUAUGUAUAAUAAAGUUGUCGGUGCGAAUGAACCGUUCGAUUGUGCCGUUUGUUUGUGUGAGUUUUCGGAGAAUGAUAAAUUGAGAUUGCUCCCAACUUGCAGCCAUGCGUUUCAUAUCAAUUGUAUAGAUACAUGGCUUUUAUCGAAUUCGACUUGCCCUCUUUGUAGAAAUACACUUUUUGACCCUGGGUUUUCGAUGGAUAACCCGAUGUUCGAUUUUGACGAUCCACGCGAAGUGGAUGAAAGUGGGAUGUCUACUGGUUUGAAAACAGUUGAACCCGAACAAACCCAUGUUGAAAAGGGGGGGUUUUCGGUGAGACUUGGUAAGUUUAGAAAAUUGAAUGAAGGGGAAGGUGAAAGUGAAACCGGAGGUGAAACGAGUAGUAGCAAUUUAGAUGCGCGAAGAUGUUAUUCGAUGGGUUCUUAUGAGUACGUGGUCGGGGAAACGAAUCUCCGGGUCCCUCUGAUUCAUCUGAGAGAUUUGCAAGAUGCAAAGUUUGUGAAAAACGUCGAACGGGUUGAGCAUCAUACGCUUGACGAAGAUCUUGAAGGGAAAAAGAUAAAUAUUGGUGCGAAAACAGAUAGUUUUUCUGUUUCAAAGAUCUGGUUAUGGUCUAAGAAACGAAAAUUCGCGAGUUCUUCCGGUAAUGAGAUGCAUAAUCCAUCUUCGGUCGACAUGGAAUUACCGCGAUUGGGGAGAUUUCAAGGUACAUGAAAAAGAAUUGUUCUUUUUCCAUCAUGUUUCUGUGUACUUUUCUUAAAUGAUUAGUUAUUUGUUCUUGCUACAUUUUAUAAUAUAUUUAUUACAUUUGAUGCAAGAUUUCUAUCAUGUAGAUGCUCAUAUUUUGUACUUUGACAAAAUCUAGUCUGCCAGAUUCUUGAACAUACUUUAAA